AGUAUUUUAUAAUAUUAUUUUAAACAUAUUUAACAAUAUUAUUUUUAAUAAGAUUUGACUAAUACAAAUGUAUCGAAAUAUAUGAAUCAAACUGUGAUAUGUGAAUAUUUCAAAUUUUAUUAAUAGUAUAAUAUUAUUAUCAUUAUUUAAUGAUGGAUCAAAAACAUCGGGAAACGAUAGAUUUAUAUUGUAAGGAUAUUGUACCUAGAAUAAAUAUAAUUAAACUAUGGCCAAAGCUUAUCGAUAACCAAAUUUUUAAUAGAGAUGAUGUGAAUAUUUCACGUUGGAAGAAAAAUCUCACAGAUAAAGCAAUUGUACAAGAUAUAUAUUUAACAAUAAAAACACGGGGACCUUUUGCAUUUUAUCGUUUUGUAACAAGUUUAAGACAAAGUGAUCAUGAUGAUUUAGCAGAUAUUUUAGAAGGAAAAAAAAUAUUUUCUAAUGAUAAUAUACAAAAAAAUGUUAAUUAUGAAACUACGAAGGAUAACAAUAUAUAUGAAACAGCUUUUCCAGAAACAGUUCCAGUUAUAGAAGAAAUACAAGAUGACUUUUAUCGUAAUAUACAAGUAUCUGAAGUACCUCUACAAAUUCAAGUACGAAAAGCCACAAAAUUUUUAGAUGAACCUGUAUAUGAAAAUGUUCAAACAUAUCCAAUGCGUAGAAAUCCUCGUGGAUUGGUUUUAAUAAUAACAAAUAUUGAUUAUAAACAUUCAGACAAAGAACCUAGAAGUUCAGCAAAACAUGAUGAAUCAAAUUUAAAACAAUUAUUUGAUCAAAUGGGUUUUCAUGUUAUUUCUUAUUGUAAUUUAACUGGAGAGGAAUUAUUGGAUAAAAUAAAAAAAUUUUCUCAAUAUAAAGAAUUACGUAAUGUUGAUUCUUGUUUUAUUAUCAUUAGCAGUCAUGGUAAUAUUCAUCCCCAAUAUGAAAUCACAGAAAUAGUGGGUGUAAAUCGUAAUGAAGAAAAUGAAAUGCAGAAUUGCAAGACUGUUUUAUGUACAGAUAUUUUGGAUUAUUUUACUGCAGAAAGUUGUCCUCAUCUUGCAGGGAAACCAAAGAUUUUCAUUUUUCAACUAUGUAGAGGAGACAAAAAACAAAAAUCAGUAAAAAAACCCAGACAUACAACAGAUACAUCUAAUUUACAUACUUCUGAGGAAAAGAUAAGUUUUAAAACAAAUAGUAAUAAGGAAACAAUGAGAAAUUAUGAAGACAUGCUUAUUGCACAUGCUACUCUUCCAGGAUAUGUUGCUUUUCGAGAUAAUAUAACUGGUAGUUGGUUUAUACAAAUUUUGUGUGAAGUAUUUAUGAAAUAUGCUCAUAAUACUCAUGUUCAGGAUUUACUAAAUAUGGUUGAUGAAAGAUUAAAAAUACAAAGAACGACUAGAGAAGAAUGUCAAACAUUAAUGGUGACAUCGAUAGGAUUUAAUAAACAUUGUUAUCUCAAUCCUGGUCUUUUUGAAGAACCAUGAUUUAGAAUACUUGCCAUCAAAUAAAACGCGCAAUGUAUAUAACAAUUAUUUUUUGUAUAUGUAUUGUCUAUCAUGAACUAUUAAAGAAAUCAGACAUAUUUUAUUUAUGAAAUAAAUUUGUGUUGUAUUACA